UUGACUAUUUCAUUAAUAUUAUCCAAAAUUAUGAAAGUUUACUGCAAUUUAAUUUUAAUAACGCUUGCCAUUGUACACGUUCCAUCAGUAAUGACAGUGAAUUAUGCAAACUCGGUUUUACUUACAAACAAGCACAUUGAAGAAGCUUAUAGAAUAAAUCCUGCUGGACUGAAGACUGCCAUUCAAAAUAUUAUUAAUGGAGAUGCAACAAUGGAGAAAAUUAAUAUGAUGUGGGCUAUACCGGAUGCAGCAUAUCUUUUCUACUUACCCAAAGUGACUGGAAAUGCUGAAUAUAAGGCAGCGAAAGAAGAAUUAUUGCGUUUUAAAAAUGGCCAUUUGCUUCGACUUGGCCAUUAUGAUGAAAUAAAUGCCGUAGCUGAACAGGAGGCAGUGCGAAAGGAAAUAAUAAAUGUUACAAAUAUCCCAGUGCCGGAAUUUGACCAAACCAAAUAUAUCAGUAAUGAUUUAUUGCCCCAGCUUGGUGAAGAAAGAAGAAGUAUUAUUGCAGAAGUUGGAAAAACUUUACUUCUCGCUGAAUUAGAGAAAUUUAAUGAAAAACCAGAAUCCGUCGAUUUCACCUAUAUGUGUCGUCUAAUAGGUUUGCUCAGAAGUACAAAAUCUCCAUAUGCAUUCACAAAAGACGUUUGGGUUCCCUCUAAAUAUGUUUGUAUGUUACUUUCAUUUGAUGGCAUACGUUACAGAUACAAAGAAGCUUUCGGCAAAAUUGUUGUGGAAGUUCCAAUCGUUCCCAAUACUUAUGUUUCUUUAAUUGAGGAUGAUAGAGAUAUUUGGUAGCCGUAAUAUACACCAAUAAACGUAUAUAAGCUUUAAAAAAAUUAUAUAGCACCU